ACCGAUCUUAACUGUAGAUAUUACUGAAGGUCUAAACAAGAUUACAAGUCUAAGAACCAUUGAAGAAGAGACAUGUUCCGCUUUAUAUUUUUGAUUAUUCAGAUACAGGUUCUAUUGGUGUGUAGUUUAAGAACUGAAACAAAAACAAGAUCUGAAGAUUCGUCAUCUGAGCCAAUAUCAGAGAAUAAGGAGCAGUUUGUCCAGCAGAGAGAAGUUCCAAUUUUAAACGAAGAAUUACCGAAGAGAACUGAGCCUGGUAACAAAAAAGGCAGGGAAGGAAAAUCACUGUUGGUAACCUCCAGGAAGGUAACCAGGGUCAGACUUGGAAGGUCUGCCGAGCUUAGCAGAAGAGUAACUGAUCAAGAUGAAGAAGAUGAGGAUGGUGUUAACAAGCCCUUAGCAGCUGUUAACAGAGAGAUUAGAAUGAACUUUGAUGAGGAAGUUGCAUCAUUGAUCAAUGAUCAGAUAAACCUCGAGUUCAGGGCUAGUUAUAUAUAUCUAUCCAUGAGUGCCUGGUUUGCGGGGGAUAAUCAAGCUCUCACAGGGUUCGCUAAACUGUUUAAGGGAAAUUCUGACGAAGAAAGAGAUCAUGGAAUUAGACUGAUCAAUUAUAUGGCAGAAAGAGGUGGAACUGUUCAAUUUAAGACAAUUGAUGAACCAAAUAUCCUGAAAUGGGGAACUCCAACUCAAGCGUUCAAGGCUGCCCUUGGUCUAGAAAAGGCAGUAAAUCAAGCAUUACUCGACCUUCACACUAAAGCUAGCGAAAAGGGGGACGCACAUCUCACCAACUUCCUUGAGGAGUUCUACCUGACUGAGCAGGUGAAGGAGAUGAAGAAGAUUGGGGAUAUGCUCACCAGACUAGACAGAGCUGGGGAAGGAAUAGGACUUCAUAUACUAGAUCAGGAGCUACUUCAUGCAUAACUAGUUCUUAAAUGAUCACAAAACCCAUCAUUUCUAUAAUAAACGAUCUACACAACUGUUUCAACAAUAUAUAUUAUCUACACCUGCCGACCAAAUGGCAAAACUGAAUAAAAAAUAUAUCAAAAUAAAAUAA